AUGAUCAUCUUCAUAAUAUUCCUAAUCAGCUUGAAGCAUCUUUUCUUACUUCCAGUAGUUUCCAUCCCCUUCUGUGAGGAUCAUUCCUUAGGGAGUUCCUUCUCAGACAUCUUUGAUUUAGAACCAAUAUUUGAAACUAUAACUCCAACACUCAAUAGCCCUUCAAGUUCAACUCAAAAAUCAAAAGCUCCAUUAACAGCUAGUGACAAUCUGAAUGAUUUCAAACAUGAGCUUACAUACAGCUUGGAUGACAUAAAGCCAAUUGAUAUGCUGGAGCUUAGGAAACUUUUCAAUGUUCCUUCAACCCAAGAAGAAAUAUAUCAAGCUGAACAAGAAAUGGGAUUGAAAUCAAAUCCCAUCAUAGAAAGCAAUAUAUCACCAACAGAAAAUUAUUUAUUAGCUGAUGGAACAGAAACAAGUCAUGAAAGGCUCAAUCAACACCAAUCAAUAGAGCCCUUGGUAUUGUCUAACCCAAAUGUGGGGGAAGCGACAGGGUCUGGUACCAAACCAAAAGCUCUGAGCCUCACUUUUUCAGCAUUAAAAAAGAAGCGCAAAGCAACAGUUGAAUUUCAAGAGAACAGAAAAAAUAAGAAACAAAUUCAAGUGAUACAAGAUCCAAAGUAUCACUACUAUGUAAAGGAAAACACAUUUAAUGCGGUCCUGCAAUGGCAAUGCAGGUUACUUUUAGCCAAGAGAUACAAGAUCUCUGAAAAUAUUGAGGACUUUUUUGAAGGUUUAAAAGAAUCUUCAAGGUCUAGGUUCAAGUAUGCUGUGGGACCAUCUAGUGUCAUACACAACUUACAGACAAUAGCUUUUAAAAGACUUCAAACUCAUUUUGUCCCAGGGGUCCUAGGUGCUUUUAAGAUAGUCUUCCAAAGACAUGUUGAAGCAGAAUGGAUGCACUCAUUGAUUCUUGAUCUGUGGGAAUAUCUCCAAAGGUAUCUCAAUACAGAGUUCUCAUUUUCACCAAAAGCAGACAUCACCAAAUUAUCUGAAAGGCAAAAAAGACAAUCACACAGUCAUAUAAAGCCUGGAAACCUCCUUGAAUACACAUUGCAUCUUUCACAAGGUGUUCCACCAUCAUCAAAAAUCAUAUAUCAAAAGCUUCAGGAGUGGGCUGAUACAACCAGCUACAAAUGUUUGGUUUCUGGAAUCAUGAAAGAUUAUUGGUCAUUUGUGGAACAGUCUGAUGUCUGUUACAAACAAAAAGGAGAUGAGAAGACUGUAUAUCGCAAAAAAGAUAAAAAGAGUAAGAAUCUUGAAUAUGAACAGGAAAACAUGGUAACAAAUCAUGACAAAAGAAGAAAAGACUCUGGCUCAGGAACCUCAAGAACUGAUUUUAUCUAUGGUCUUGAGUAUCUAGGACAACAGCUUCAUUAUGAUAUAGAAUCAAUGAGUCAGCCAGGCAUAGAUGGAGAAUCUCAUUCAAAAAUUAAUCUCAAAAGAUCAGAUAUUGGCAAUACAGAUAUGGUCCACAAGAAAUGGAAGUUAAUUCAACUUGGGAUGUCAUAUAUCAAAGUGGAUGGGAAUUCCUAA